GGUUACUUUUUAUGAAACAACACCGGAAUUCCAUAAACAAAGUCUUGGUGAAGCUAUCCCGUGCAUUAAACAUAAGUAACUGUAGGGAUAAGCGAGUUAGACAGAUGAAUAUAUAUAGUAUAUUGGCGAUCUUUCGGUACUAGUCCGCUAUAACUUUCGGUCGUUGCGCGCACGCAUACUGAUUACAUGAUCGUAUAGUGUGUUCAUGUGUUUAAAGUUUCAAUUCGGAUGACACCUUACUCACUCGCACCUUGGCCACAUAUAUAAUCUGUUACUUGUAUCAGUCAUUAAACUUUGGCCACGCUGGAACACCAUAUACACUUUCUCUCUCCCACACAUAUUUUCAUGCAUUUUAUAGCCAGGUUUAUCAGGCUACUUAUAUCUCUGUAUAAUUAAUUGAUUAACGAAUUAAUUAUUAUAAUUAUUAUCGUGAUGUGUUCGCCGAUAAAGAAUUUUCGUCCAAGUGAGACGAACGGGGACGAAACCUCUAGAACUGGUUCCUUUGAUUUAUUACCGCGAAGACAAUUCGAUUACAACCCCCCGUAUCUCCGCCAACCUAAAGAAAUCGGUUGUUUUUCACUCGAUUUAGACCGUAAAAUAACUUACGACAAAAGUCAGCUACGAUAUUAUAUCGAACCAGAAACACCUGACGAUGUUCAUAUGAAUUUAAGGGACGGUUACAAAGAUCUCAUUCAGAAAGACGAAAGCAAAAAGGACCUGUUGGAUGAUAUUCUAAGAUGGAUCAGUUGUCAUCGAAACCUGUUUUCUCUUUCUACGCGAUCCUCUGAUUCUUCUGAUUCCGAUAAACAACACUGCGGGACAUCUCAAGAGAAACUCAACACUGACUUUAUCAGCUGGAGAGGGUGUCUGACCCGACUGAUGUGUACCCCGUAUGAAAACCGUGAAGGUUGGCUUCUCGCAGUCACCCGAUUCAACGAUACGUAUUUCCUGUGUGAAUUUAACACCGAAGAGAAGAUAAACCUUGAAGCUAAUUGCACAGAUCGUCAACGUGAAAUGUGCUAUUGGGGUGUGAAAUUUGAACAGUAUCUCACCUCUGCUACAAAAGAAUCAAAACCAGAUACAACAGGGGUUGUUAAUAAUUGUGAAGCUUUCUGCUCUGUGGUCAGAACCCGUCUCAAGGACCAUUCUUUAGUGUUUGCGGGAGAGGUCGACUGUAUCUGUCCACAGCAGAAAGAAUAUGUUGAACUGAAAACGUCGAGGGACAUCUAUAAUAAGUCACAGGAUGACAACUUCAAAAGAUUCAAGCUAAUAAAGUGGUGGGCCCAGAGUUUUCUGAUUGGAGUUCCAACCAUUGUUUGUGGAUUUCGAGACGACGACGGAAUUGUUCAUCGUUUACAGAAGUACGACAUCAAGAUGCUGCCGAAUUUGGAUUUACCAAACUCGUGGUAUUCUAAGGUUUGCAUCAACUUCUUGGAUCAGUUUCUUAAUUUCAUUAAAGAGACUAUUAAAGACAAUGACCACAGAAGUGUUUACUUAUUUAGUCGGGAACCGAAAAAAUACAAUAACAUCAGAUAUCAAUAUCUGGGAAAAGAUUCAGAAUAUAAUUUUAUUCCUGAUUGGUUUGUUGAGGAUUUUGCAAAUAAAGGAAAUGAAACAGCAAAUCUAUUGUUGAAACGCAAAUGACCACUACAGACAUAGACUUCCCUAUUUACCAUCUCUGGGACCAUGGGACAUCAUGCAACAAGCCUACCAGGAGUACCUGAAUAUAAAGUCCUGCAUUAUGUCAUUUCACAUCCCACUUCAGUGAAAUUUUAUUUUUAUUUUCUAUCUCCUCUUCCUUUAUUCCUUAUAUCUCACCCUUUCAUUCACCCUCCUUUCUUCCAGGGUCAGUCAAGAUUGUAAUCGAUGUAUUCAGGGUAGGUGGAGUUCUCCAGUCCUGUAAAGUUUUACAUGGGCAUAGCCUUGACCUAGAAGAAAACCACACACAUGUACGACCUACAGCUUGCUGGUCACCUCAGCUGUCUUGGCCUGCUGAGUCCUUGUAAUCAAACUACCAAGUUUAUAGAGCUGAAUCAGAUAACACAGACUGGCUUUCGCUUUAAAACUACUAAGGGCAGGCAGGACAAAAAACCUGAAGCAUCAAGGGUCAGUCUAUAUAGCCACUUCAGGGCUCAUUGCUUUUUCUUGUGACCUUCAAGACAUUUUGAAACUGCUAUCACAAUAUAUUAAGGGCUUUCAUACAGUUAACAGACUAAACAACUAAUCUUAUAAAUAAAAUAUAUUUCAAUAA